AAUGCCGUUUGAAUUUGGUAUAAAUUUUUGGGGCUACCUAAAAGACAAACGCUAUAAUAAUGCUGGGUUUAAUUGAGACGGUUUUAAUUUACUGGCAUGGCGUUGGAAACAAUAUUGUGGCCAUCCACUUAUUGAAUCAAAAAGCCAGCUUCUUGUGAUUUCGAUCCCAGCAGAACUACAAAUCCUAGCUAGCUUGUUCCUCCUACGUGUGUUCUUCUUCAAGGAUCUUUGUUCCAAAAAUCAAAACUAGCUAGCUACAAGAUUAACCCAUCUGAUUAUGGCUCAACACUCACACGUCCCAAAAUUUGGCAACUGGGACGACAACGAUAACAUACCUUACACCGUCUACUUUGAAAAUGCACGAAAAGAUAAAGGCGGGGUGAAGAUCAUUAACCCAAACGAUCCAGAGGAGAAUCCAGAGGCCUUCAUGUCCAUGAGAGAAGGCUUGGAAAUCAAUGCAGUUCAUGCCAAAUCCAAUAACUCAGUUUCUUCUUUAGAAAAACCCCACAAAAUUAAGGGACGACAUUCAAGGCCCCCUGCUCAUCCUAGGAACAGUAGUAGUUCUAACCAACAAAAAAGUGGUAGCCAUAGGAGCAUCACGUCAGAAUCUGCAAGCGAUAGAAGCGGCUCUGAUUAUUCACUCAUGCAGCCUGGUCAUCGACGUGGGAUGUCUGACAUGAAGAAGAAGAAGAAGAAGAAUUCGUCUGAUGGAAGCAAUAGCUUCUCUACGUCAGUGGCUGGACAUGCUCGAGAGAGAACUGGAAGUUACUCCUCUGCUGCUCAAACUCAUCAUAGAGUACCAUCUGUACCCAAAUUUGGGGCUUGGGAUGAAUUGGACCCUAAAUCAGGAGAAGGAUUUACUGUCAUAUUCAACAAAGUGAAAGAGGAAAAACAAAUUGCGGCUUCCCAGAACGCAGCAAUGCGGCCAACGCAAUCAAGCUAUUAUUCGAAUGCCGCCCAUGGCCAAGGACAUGGACGAUCUUCCUCUAGAUCAAAGAUAUGUUGCUGUCUGUUUUCAAGUGGAAGUGAGUGAUUUACGCACAUGGCUUUGCAUUUGCUUUCACUAGCUUGCUCGUCAUGAUCACUGUUCAGACGAUCGAGAGCAAGCGAAAGCAAAAGCAAAGCUAGUACUAGCUAGCUGGCUUGUGCUAAUUAAGUUCAUCCGAGAGUCGGCGCCCAAAUUAAUCUCGUUAUAUAUAUGGGCCGGCCGCCUCUACGUGCUUAUCUAAUAAGUAGAUGCAUUUGUUCUUGCGAGUACGUGUUUGUUGGCCUGUUAUUUUUCUCAAAUUAAGUAUGGAACUGUAUUAAAAAGUUCAUUUGUAAUUGUUUCUUGGUAUUUCAAUUCCUAUGAGUGUUAAAGAACCUUGGGCUGUUUGCCAA